CUGGCAGCCGAAUUAUAGGGUGAACAAUAAUUGAGAUUUUGGGGAGGAAUUAGGACUCUCGCCCAUCCUCUCCUAAUGAUUGCACAACUACGUGAAUCGGAUCAGUUUAACAAUCAUCGUAAACCACCACACAGAAACCGGCUUUUAGAAGUUACAGGUGUCACGAACCACAAUAUUAUAGUUUCACCCGACGAAAAUUCCGAUGGCACCAGUGACGCAGAAAGUAAAUGGUGGUGGUUGUGACAGUGGGCGGUGCACUACGACCUUGAUCGAAUCAUUUUGGUAUAGACCUAUGUGCAACUGAAAUUUCUUUAAUCGUGAUACGUUUAUUGUCCAGCAGAGUUGUGCUGACUGAGUAUAACUAACGUUGUGUAUAUACACAUUUUCCUUCAACUGCUACACUGCUGUUGCCACCGCCACUCAUAUAACCUAUAAUACUAUACUUAAACGGAGUUCAUACGACGCGAAGAUAGGUUACCUCUGUUGUCACCUUCAUUUAUAUUCGUAAGUUUGGACCUUAUAUAUUUCAAUCAUCAACAUUAUGCAUCAGUCGGUUGGUUUGACAAUGAGAAAGAUGUGCGGUGAGCUUGAGUGCCCUGAGUACCAUCUAUGCGAGAUCCAUGAUCUCCAGUGCUACCCAUGUCAUUCGUACUGCAACCAGACAUCGCAUAACUUCGACCCUAAUAGAUGCGAGCAACAGUGCCAAGAUUACAUACAUGACUUCAUUAAGCAUUAUAUCAAAGCUAGUGAUAUUCAAGGUUUAUUUCAAGAAGAGCUCAUGACAUUCAUGAUGGUAUCUACUGUAUUUGUGAUAGCCAUUGCACUCGCCUUAUUAUCUAUCCUAGCGGUGCUUAUAUGGAAUCGCAAGAGAUUAGUGCGGAAGAUUGAGAACGAAGGCAAAAAUACAAAUUUAAAAAACAAGUUGACUGUUUCAAAGACCAGGGAUAACGCGGUGAGCACGGUGAGCGAGACAAUGGACAAGCCGGCGAUGAUAAUGGCCGCGCGAACCAGCCUUACGACCGCCACGUCAUCAAACAAGUUACCCUGUGAGGAUGUCACACUUGAAACUCAAAAUUUAACUGGCUAUGACAACCUAGGGAUGUGGAAUGUGUCUCCCGUGUUCAGUAGCAAACUUGUACCUAAAGAUUUAGAUCUAAGUAAAGUUUGGAGUGAAGAAUUAGAUUUUAUAUUAAAAUCUUAA